GGGAACCCGAUCGGAACCCGGAACCCGGAACCCUCAGAACCCGCAUGUUUAUGCGGAACCGGAACCGGAACCCGAACCCGAAACUUCGGACCUUCAGAACCGGAACCGGAACCGGAACCGCCGGGGCACAAUCCGAGAACAGGGUUCCUACACGGGUUCCGUAUCGGUUCCGUGACAGCUGAUGUUGCAGCAACGCCGGGUUUGAGACGGCCCCGUAUCCAAGGAAAUUGUAACAAAUUUUUUAUCGGUGAAAAAUCAAUUUAAUUGAGCGAACUCAUUUUAAGUGAAGUGGAAUUUUAAAAAGUAAAAUGGGAAGUAUUAGAAUUUUUUUUGACUACAUCAAGGAAGAAAAUAAAUCAGUUUGUAGACGUUGCAAAGAAAAAAUAGGAGGGAAUCAUGUAACAAACUUAAAAAAGCAUGUCCGAACGCAGCACAAGGAGGAAUACGAAGAGUGGUUAAACAAACAAAAGACCGAAGAAGAAGAUAACCUCAAAAACAAAAAACGGAAUCGAGAAGACGAAGAUGCUGCAGCAGGAAGUUCAGCAAAAAAGUUGAAGCAAGGCGACAUAAGAUCGGCUCUCUUUAACGAAGUGACGGUGAAGAUUAACCUGGAGACUAUCGAAAAUGCCUGCAUAAACCUAAUUAUAAAUGGACGUCCUUUGGUUUUGAUGGACGAUGCAGCAUUCCAUAGUAUCAUAGAUCCUAUAUUAGAGGGAUUGAAGACAACAGCCAAAAUCAAUCGGCAAAACAUAAGAAUGAAAGUGAUUGAGAAAGCAGAUGCACAGAGAAAGAAAAUCAGCGGAGAAUUGCGCGGGAAAAUGUUUUCAUUAAAACUUAUGAAAGUGAUUGAGAAAGCAGAUGCACAGAGAAAGAAAAUCAGCGGAGAAUUGCGCGGGAAAAUGUUUUCAUUAAAACUUGACAUAUGCACAAAAAGAGGUAGGAGCGUCCUCUAAGUAAGUCCUCCUAAGUAAUAUCAUUUUCAAUUGCUUGAUUCAAAUUAUUGUUUCUAAAUUAAUCAUUUUUGAUUGCUUCAUUAAAAUUGCCCAGUUUUGAACUCUC